AGCAAGUGAGAAGUUUCGCAUUACGCCAAGUGCGUUCCUGUUAGUACGCUUUCAAAAAUGAGCCGCUUGUGAAAGCCGCCAUUCAUUGGAUCUACUUUGAUUUUUCUAGUCACUUUUUUCCUCAUAACUUGUGUUAAAAACAUUGUUUCUGGGGUGUAAAAGGAAUCAACAAGUAGUUGGAAACUUUGGAAAACAAGCCAUCCGUAAGGGAUGGACUCAUCCACAACGAUGAAACUCGUGAUCCUCGUCCUAUCUGCUUUGAAUCUGGGUCGUGGGGCAGCAGAACUGGGAGUUUUAGGAGAGCUGCAGAACCGCACAGCCCGACAGAUGAACUGUGUGGAGAACCAAGAGUAUAUUCAUAAUGGCUUCUGCUGCAAGAACUGCGAAGCUGGCACUUAUGUGAGUGAGAAGUGUAGUAAGGACCAGGAGAAGGGCACAUGCUCAUCGUGUAAAGCGGGCACGUACGCAGAGCACCCCACAGGCAUGGAGCAGUGUCUGCAGUGCAGCCAUUGCCACAUAGAUCAGAAUGUUGUAGCAGAAUGCACCAGCUUGAGCAACACCAAAUGUGAAUGCAAGGCCGGUUCCUACUGCCUGCCGGACGAGCCAUGCGAAGUGUGCAAAAAAUGCAUUCGGUGCAAAGCUGAUGAAGAAGUAGAGAGCAAAUGCACCGCGACAUCCAACACAAAGUGCAGGAAACGCACUUCGAUUCCAACAGAAGGUCCAACGGAGAAGACAACACCGUCCGGUCACAACAGGAUUGUAGUUGCAGCAGUUGUUGUACCGCUGUUUGUGCUGCUGUUGGUUGGUGUAAUUGUACUCGGAAUUAAAUGGAAGAGGCGCCAGAAGCGACAAAGUGAAAUUGACGAAAGUUUGAAGGAGGUGAAGUGUCCAAAUGAUGUGUUCCCAAAAUCAGAAGAGGAGCAGGAGAACAACCGCAAUGCUGGACUAGAGAGGACAGAGGAGGAACGUCCAGAGUCCCGGCCCUUGUUAACGCAAGAAACGCAGGAAACUGUCAAAAGCAUACCUGUGGAAGAUGAGGACCGGGGACUGGGGGACAGCUUGCCUAACACAACCAGCUCUUCCCAAACAAGCCUGUCUGCCCUCCCCCCUGUUUUAGGUAUUGAGGACUCACCACGGUCAAGCCCUCCGGUCCAAAGACAGACGGAGGAAGACACAGAGCCCUGGGCACAGGAUGACAGUCCGCUCAGAAAGCUUGUUCCUGUACUUGGUGAUGAAGAGUCGCUGAGCAAGAGCUUCGACCUCUUCGAUACCCUGGACGUGCGGAUCCACAACAAGUUUUUUCGUAGCAUCGGCGUAAAUGACAACGCCAUCAAGAUAGCAGAGACGCAGAAUCCCGAUGACAAAGUCUACAAUCUGCUGAGGGUUUGGAUGCAGAAGGAGGGGCUUCGAGCGGACAUCAACACCUUACUUCAAUCUCUGCUGGACCUGGAUCAGAGAUAUUCAGCGGAACAAAUCAGCACCAAAGCUGUUGAAAAACGCCUCUACAGAUAUGAGUGAAGAUUGCUAAAGAACAAAAGAACUACUCGGUCUCAACGCAUGAACUUCCUGUAAUGGAGCUCCGGUGCCAUCCUUGGAGAUUUGCAUCUCUGUAGUGCCCACUGUGGGUUUAGAAGCCAACACUGGACCCAUUUGAGGAUUUACACUGGCUGACAGAAGAGGGCGCUGUGGUGCCUCUCAACAGUGCAUACUAGAAGUAUUUGGUGCACUGCCAUUCGGCUUUUGAAACCGCAGGUUGGUCCGAAAGCCUGCAUAUAGAUGUCAUUAGCCCUUUGUUUGUGGGAAAUUUUGAAGCUUAAAGAAGUGUAAAUAGUCCUACAGCUUUGUGUUUAUUUUAACCACAUAGUGACAGGCGCAAUGCACAUUUGUAUUGAUUUUGACAAAGCCAAGCUCUACACUACAAGCUCAUAAAUCACUUCUGUUAUUAGCGAGUCUUGUCAAUUUAUUCAAGGUCGUAAACGAACAAAAAUGCCUUUGUUGAAGUUUGUUCAAACCAGUUGUUUAAUCCAUAACGACGUACGCAUUAUUUGUCAUAAUGUGUCUGCCGUUCCAGAUUUCAUUUAGCUAUUUCCAGAUUUCAGUAUCCUGGUUGUUACAAAACGUUGUCAGUCUGUGAAAGGUGAAUUCAAGUUUAUCACCCGAGUUUCCACCUAUUUCUAAUCUGCUUGCUCUGAGGCAACAAUGGCAUUUUUAUUUAUAUUUUAAAUAAGUGAUAUUUAUUUAUAUUGUGUAAUUGCAUAUUAUUUAUACCUGUUAACUAUGUCCUCCCAAAUGUUUUCUCAAACAUUUAUUGUGACUGAGAUGUUCACCAGAUGAAAUCCUCCAGCUCCAGAUAGGCUAGAGCACAUUCACUCAAAGUUCGUCUGUAUCAAAGACAUUUCUACAUGUUACUUUCUUCCUAUCCAUGUCCUUCCCUGUGGUCAUGCGUGAUGGUGUUGCCGUUGAUAACCUGACAAAAAAAAAAAAUUUUAGUAUCUCCUCCGGCGCUUGUGCUUCCGCAGGGCCUUGUUGAGUUUGCCAAAGGAAGCAUUUCAAAGUUCUGCCUGCUCUUGUCGCUGUAUGUGCAAUAGUGCACAGGUACGUGUUAAUAGUGAAAAGAUGAAGGAAAUGUAUUCUCAUCCAAAAACUACAGUUUAAUGGCAUUGUUUUGCUUAGGAUGUACAUAGUUUUGUCAAGAAGUCUAACAAAGGAAACUAAUAGAUAUAUAUUUAUAGAAGCCCUAGGAGCACAUCUUAAUGAAGUAGAGACUGUCUAAACCGAAGGAACAAAAUGACUUGUAAAUGAACAAAUAGAAUAGUCAUAGUAUAACAUGAUAUAUGAAUACACAGCGCCCCUAAAUUCAUUUACGUCUGACUCGGCUGCAAAGCUAUGCGUGUUUGAAAUAUGACCUUUUAGAUUAUUUACUAUGUUUAGGAACACAGAUCUCAGAUCAGGUUUACAUUUUAACUUGAACAUGUAGCUGAAUAAGGAUUUGGCCCAAGAUAUCUCCCCCUCCCGUUUACUAAUUAAAUUGUACAGCUGUCGUACAGUGCAGGCACUGCCACCUAUUGAUGUAGAAUAAAAUAGCAAGAGAAAAAGCAAUUUCAAGGGACCUUUCUAUUCUGGCAAUUAUGUUCUUUUCAGAUCUUUAAUCCCUUUGCACUGAAUUUAACGCAAGUCCUCUCUAAAUAUAGGUUCCUCUGAAUGUUUAGUUUUGUACUUUUUUUAAUCCACAUUGUUUUUCAAUAAUGCCUCCUACACAGAGCGCCUCGGCUUGCUCAUUCUGCGCUUUAUUUUUCUCCAUACUGUAUCUCUCUGUGAGUAGAAGUCUGUUGUGUGUAUGUUUUUCCCCUUAGACAUUUGUUUGCUUGUUUAUGAAUGUAAAAUGUUUGCCGUUGCAAUGUUAUUUGUAGAAUGUUGUUUUAAAAUAAAAACAAACAAAAAAUG